AUGAUUCAGAUUCCAGAUAGUUUAGUGAAAAGGAAUGAAGAAAGAGCAGAGAGAUUAGGUCGUAAGAAGGAAGAAGCUGGUGAAGAAGAAAACCUAACUGAUGUAUUCCGUGAGACUUUCCGGUCUAAACAGACAGAGAUUGAAUCAGCACUGGAUUCAGCAGAAAAAAUUCGUGAUAGGCAGGAACUUGCUGAGCGUUUCAAUACAAUAUCAAAAGAUAUUCAAUCUCUGAAUAAAUAUGUCUCAACUUCUGCUCUAUUUUUGAUUCCUUAUGAUCUUCGAAUGUCCAAAACUGUCCUUCAAGAACUGCAAGAAAGAGUUAAUCAAGCAGAAAAUAAAUUGCUUCCUAAGAGAAAGUUUGGUUUUAGUAAAAUAACUCUUGAGAAAAAGAAAGAUGAAAUCAUUUGUCCUAAACGUGUUGAUCAAGUGGACUUUCCUAAAAAGGAGGAACUCAUCUUUGACACAGGUUUUGGAAAUAGAGUGGGUGAAGUUUUGACUCUUAGCGGGGAAGAGCUUGCUGGAAAAGAUGUUGUUCUUACCAAGUUACAGAACUGCGUGGUUUACCUGUUGGGGAGUUGUAGUACCCUUCACCUUUCUCAAAUAAGCGGAUGUAGGAUCCUUUGUGGUCCUGUCACUACUUCAGUCUUUAUAGAGGGUUGUAAGAACUCUUUGAUAGCUGUGGCUUGCCAGCAGUUACGAGUUCAUCAAACAGUAUCUACAGACUUCUACAUUCACGUUACAACGAAAGCUAUUAUAGAAGAUUCCAAUGAUGUCAAGUUCGCUCCAUACACCUUUUCUUAUAGUAACCUUGUUAAAGAUUUCCAUAUAUCUGGUCUUGACCCACAUUCUAAUAAUUGGGACAAAGUAGAUGACUUUAAUUGGCUUGUGAAUAACAAGCAGUCACCUAAUUGGAGGAUUAUUGAAGAAAACGAACGUGUUAAAUUAACGUUAUAG